AUGGAUGCUAGGAAUGAAGUUUACAACACCGAAUAUAAUCGUUUAAGAAAAUUGACGUGUAGAACGGAAAUUAAAUUAUCUUGCUCUGAAUAUGGUCUUACGGAGGAACAAGUCGCUGAAUUUAAAGAAGCUUUUAUGCUUUUUGACAAAGAUGAAGAUGGACAAAUAACAAUGGCCGAAUUAGGAGUCGUUAUGAGAUCUUUGGGACAACGUCCGACAGAAACGGAAUUAAGAGACAUGGUUAAAGAGGUUGAUCAAGAUGGAAAUGGUACAAUCGAAUUCAAUGAAUUUUUACAAAUGAUGGCAAAAAAAAUGAAAGGAGCUGAUGGUGAAGAAGAACUUCGAGAAGCAUUCAGGGUGUUUGAUAAAAAUAACGAUGGACUCAUUUCAUCCAUUGAACUUCGACAUGUCAUGACAAAUUUAGGUGAGAAACUUUCAGACGAAGAAGUUGAUGAUAUGAUAAAAGAAGCAGAUUUAGAUGGAGAUGGUAUGGUUAACUACAAUGAAUUUGUAACGAUAUUAACAUCAAAAAAUUAA